UGUGAUCCUUCACUGCAUUGACUUUUGAAAAGGUGGUAUGGGAUUGUGGUCAUUUGACUUUCAUGGCAUUCUGUUGAUCAACAUGGUGUGGAACGGUGGCUCAGUUGUGCAUAAAAAUGUGCGAUCUACGAACAUAUUUCUGGAGAGACCGCGUGAAAAUGGGCCAUGGGUGGGAAAACUGGGCAACUUUGGGGUGUCCAAGAAGUACCUCCUCACCACAGACUCAGAAGUGGACGAAGAAGCAGAAAGUGCUCCGCGACCUCGAUCAGGUCAAAUACUCGCUACGACAAGGAUCCAAGGACUGUCAGCAUAUCUAGAUCCGGAAUUUGGGAUAAGCUCCAGACUGACGACAAUGAGUGAUGUGUUCAGCAUCGGCGUGUUGCUUCUGGAGAUCAUAACUGGUCGACAGGCUUUCGACCCAUCACGUGAACCUUCAGAUCUUGCAGGAUGGGCACGUAACUAUCUUGAUGAAGGAUGGGAGACCUUGCGGGCAAUCAUCGACCCCGCGCUGCUGCAAACGGUGACACCGCUAGAAAAGACGCAAAUAUUGGAGGUCUCACACCUGGCAAAGAAGUGCACCAAGCGGAUAUCUUCAACCAGGCCAAGGAUGUGGAAGGUGGUUGAGAUUUUGUCCGGUCUCCUUGACGGAUCACCAGAAAGUACGGAGGAACACGCGAGAGGAGCAGGGGAGUCACAAGACCAGCCGCACAGACCUUCCGGUCCGUCAGGCCUAGACUAUGUCCCCCCCCCCCCCGUUGUCAUCCCCUCCCCUCAUUCGCUCACCAGCGACGAGAUUCAAGAAGUAGAAAGCCCUCUUCAACGGCCAAGGAGAGGGAGGUCUCACCAACCAGUCCGCACCACUCUGCAGUUGCGCCACGCCGCUCAGCGCGAGGACGAGUCUGUGGUGGUCCCCACGGUGGAUCCCGAACGCAUUCACGGAAAAACAGGUGUGUUGUUUCCUGACCGUUAUGCCACUCCUGGCUCCUCCAUCAGACCAGGAUUUCCUGUUGUAGAAAGUGGCUCACCACUCGGACCUGAAUUGGAUGGCUUAGGACCUGGUCCAUCUGUCCGGAACGGGUAUGCUGCUAGCCUAGAAACGGAAUCCUUUACGAGACCAAGAUUUGCUGCUGGUCUAGAAACAAGUCCUUCGUUCAGUCCAGGAUUUCGUAGUAUGGGAUCUGGUCCUUCCACCAGACCAACACCUGCUGCUCAAACACUGCCUAAACAGCAUUCCUCGCCUCAGCUAUCACGUAUCCAUGUCUUAAACCCCGAUAAUUCUGACACCCUCUCCUCUCAAGUGCUUAGGACUGCCUCUGUCGGACGAUCCAUAAGAAGAUAUGCUUCGCCAACUUUUAGCAGGCUUAAUGAAAGCCCAUGGAAUGAUGAUUCGAACAUUGAUAAUUCGGAAACGGUACCCUCGGUGGUGCCCAGGAGUGCACCUGUAGGAAUAUAUAUAAGAAAAGAUACGUCUCUGUCGUCGAAUAGGCUUAAUGAAAGUCCAUGGAAUGAUGAGUAGCUUCCCUGAAUAUCUUCUCCAAUGUCGUUUUCCUUGAUUGCCUUCUCAUUCUUUUUCCUCAAGGAGUUUUGCUUUUAGGACUGUCAUAUGAUAUG